UAGGGCGAGCCCGGUAACUGUACACUCGAUCGCGUGUAUAUAUAGCAGUGUGGACCAACCGAUUAACCACAGUCAUCUACGACCAACACGAUUAACUGUGCUGCAGUAACAAUCAUUCGACAAAACACAUACAAAAUGUCCGCCAAAUUGAUCAUCUUCGCGGCUUGCGCCGUAGCCACCGCCCUGGCUGUCUACAAGGAACCUUCCUACCCGUCUUACCCAGCUGCCCCGGCUUACCCAGCCCCAGCCUACCCGGCCGCCCCAGCUUACCCAGCACCAGCCUACCCAGCUGCCCCAGCAUACCCAGCUCCCAGCUACCCAGCUGCACCAGCCUACCCAGCGGCACCGGCCUACAAGCCAGCCCCGUCUUACUCCGCACCGGCCCCGGCCUACAAGCCCGCCCCAGCCCCAUACAAGCCCGCUCCUACCUACAAGCCAGCUUACUCCGCACCAGCUUACUCUGCGCCAGCAUACUCCGCUCCUGCCUACAAGCCGCCAGCUUACUCGGCACCCGCAUACUCAGCACCCGCACACUCUGCACCUGCUUACUCAGCUCCUGCUUACUCAGCUCCGGCCUACAAGCCACACUCGUACGAGACCCCGACUCCGUAUAACUUCGAAUACAGCGUAAACGACCCACACUCAUACGACGUCAAGAGCCAAUCCGAACACAGCGACGGACACGGCAACGUCAAGGGAUCGUACAGCCUUCUGGAAUCCGACGGUUCCACCCGCGUCGUCGAAUACACUGCCGACCACAGCGGUUUCAACGCCGAAGUCAAGAAAAUCGAAGGAUAUAGCCACGGUUACAGCGCACCGGCUUCGGCUCACAAAUCUGCCCCGGCCUACAAACCAGCAUAUGCUGCCCCAGCACACUCAUACGCUGCUCCAGCUCACUCUUACGCCGCCCCAGCUCACUCUUACGCCGCCCCAGCUCACUCUUAUGCUGCACCUGCCGCAUACGCCAAACACUCGUAUGCCGCCCCAGCUCACUCUUACGCUGCCCCAGCUCACUCUUACGCCGCCCCAGCUCACUCUUACGCCGCCCCAGCUCACUCGUACGCCACCCCAGCCCACUCUUACGCCGCCCCUGCUUACAAACCGGCUGCAUACAAAGCUUACUAAAAAUGUAUUGUCAGUAAUUUAAUUUUUUUUUUUACGCCAAUCUUUAAUUUUUUACUAUGGAAUACGGCUCUUUUGUCUUACCAUCUAGAGCUGGACAUAAACUAUUGUGUAUUUUGUUUUAUUGUAAUUAAUAA